UAGAUCUUUAAUUUUCCCAUAUUCAUUUUCUAGGUAGCAUUUAUUUUCUCUCAAUGGAAGGGAAGGGAAAGAAACUAUGGAGAAGAAUGAAAUGCGAUCAACUUAUUGAUUACAACUCAUUACCAGCUUAUCUUAAAGACAAUGAAUUCAUUCUGGGUUAUUAUCGAUCUGAGUGGCCAUUGAAACAGCUCAUUUUAAGCAUCUUCCAUGUCCACAAUGAAACCAUUAACAUUUGGACGCAUUUGAUUGGAUUCUUGUUGUUUCUUUACCUCACCAAACACGCAGCGGCUAAGAUUCCAAGCACAAUUGACAAUUUAAGAAGAGUUGAUUUUAGCAAAAUAUGUGAAGAGGUUGUAAAUUGCCUUAUUUCAUUGCCAACAAUGGCCGAUCUUUCUCGAUUAAAGGAUGCACUUUCCUCACUUUCUACUUGGCAUAUUACACAAGUUAUCACCAAGUGUUUGCCCCAUCAUUUAUCGAGUACCAACAAUCUUAAUGCAACAAUAUCGGAUGGCUCUAUUUCGGUAUUUUUCUUUUCCUAACGGCUUGUUUUGAA